CGAGCGGAGGCUGGAGGCUCGACCCGAGGCGGCGGCGGAACUUCUGCUGCGAGCAGUCACCGCGGGCCCCGGUCGUCUGCAGGAACUCUCCGGAAUCGGGAGGGGGAGGGCCGGAUCGCUCUUCCACGGGGAUUCGUCAAGAGUUCCGGCGGCAGUGGCGGCGGCGGCGGAGUCUCCCUUUGUCCUCCUAGGACCUCCCUCCUUCCCCGUCUCCCUCCCUCUGUCAGCCUGUGGGUCCCGCUGACCCAGGCGCCGGCGCCCUAGGGGACUCGCUAUCCCCCCACCUCAGGGUGCGUCCCUGGUCACUCCCACCAGCCUAGCGUCGCCCCCGAGUGGAGCCGAGCCGAGCCGAGGGGGCUGCGAGCAGGAGGGAGCCGCAGACCCCCGGUCGCAGGAUGGUGGCGGGGCGCUCCCCGGCCCGCCGUUCCGGGCGCUGGCUGGUCCCCGGGCUGUGGCUGCUAGCUCUCAGCGGUCCCGGGGGGCUGCUGAGCGCCCAGGAGCAGCCCUCCUGCCACGGAGCCUUUGAUCUCUACUUCGUCUUGGACAAGUCUGGGAGUGUGGCAAAUAACUGGAUUCAAAUUUACAAUUUUGUCCAACAACUUACAGAGAGAUUUGUAAGCCCUCAAAUGAGAUUAUCUUUCAUUGUGUUUUCUUCUCAAGCCACCAUUAUUUUGCCAUUAACCGGAGACAGAGGCAAAAUCAGUGAAGGCUUGGACAAUUUGAAACGUGUUAGUCCCGUAGGAGAGACAUACAUCCAUGAAGGACUAAAGCUAGCAAAUGAGCAAAUUGAGAAAGCAAGAGGCUUAAAAACCUCCAGUAUCAUAAUUGCUCUGACAGAUGGUAAGUUGGACGGUCUGGUGCCAUCAUAUGCAGAGAAAGAGGCAAAGAUAUCCAGGUCACUUGGGGCUAGAGUUUACUGUGUUGGUGUCCUUGACUUUGAACAAGCUCAACUGGAAAGAAUCGCUGAUUCCAAGGAACAAGUUUUCCCUGUUAAAGGUGGAUUUCAAGCUCUUAAAGGAAUAAUUAAUUCUAUACUAGCUCAGUCAUGCACUGAAAUCCUGGAAUUGCGGCCCUCAAGUGUCUGUGUGGGGCAGGAAUUUCAAGUUGUUUUGAAUGGAAGAGGAUUCAACCUGGGGAGUCGGAAUGGCAGUGUUCUCUGUACUUACACUGUAAAUGAAACAUACACAAUGAAUGUAAAGCCAGUAAGUGUGGAACGGAAUUCUAUGCUUUGUCCCGCGCCUACCCUGCAUGAAGUUGGAGAAGCUCUUCAUGUUUCAGUGAGUUUUAAUGAAGGAAAGUCUGUCAUCUCGAGUUCGCUAAUAGUCACAGCCACAGAAUGUUCUAGUGGGAUUGCAGCCCUCAUCGCUAUCUUGGUGUUGCUGCUGCUCUUGGCUGUUGGACUGAUGUGGUGGUUUUGGCCCCUUUGCUGCAAAGUGGUUAUCAAGGAUCCUCCUCCACCACCACCUUCUGCACCAAAAGAGGAGGAAGAAGAACCUCUGCCUACCAAGAAAUGGCCAACUGUGGAUGCUUCCUAUUAUGGUGGUCGAGGUGUUGGAGGAAUUAAAAGAAUGGAGGUUCGUUGGGGUGAUAAAGGAUCUACAGAAGAAGGUGCAAGGCUAGAGAAAGCCAAAAAUGCUGUGGUAACCCUUCCUGAAGAACCAGAGGAACCCGUCAGACCCAGACCACCUCGAUCCAAACCCACACACCAGCCUCCUCAGACCAAGUGGUACACGCCAAUUAAGGGUCGGCUGGAUGCGCUCUGGGCUUUGUUGCGGAGGCAGUAUGACCGAGUUUCCUUGAUGCGACCUCAGGAAGGAGAUGAGGGCCGGUGCAUAAACUUCUCUCGAGUUCCAUCUCAGUAAAAGGAAAACAAGAAGGCCAAGAGGUACGAAGGUGGUACACGUUCACAACGCCGAUGAAAAAAAAGUGCAUUUCAGAAGUUUUUGGAAGAGCAACUUUAUUCCUCUCAGUCAGGAAAUGUUUUCUCUGCCUUCUGCUUUGCUUCACCAAACAUUUUCAAACACUUGUUCUGCCGUCUACAUGGGAGUUGAUGAAACUCAAUGGUAACUCAUGAUUCAGGACGUUGAAAAUAAAGAGGAACAUUAAUGGACAUGCUGUGGUUUAAACAAGAAGGUCUGCUUGAAUGUGUAAAAGAGGAAAAAGUGAAAACAAAAGUGUGAAGAUGAUGUCAAAAUAGGGAGAAAAAAAACAAUUGGUCGAGGUGGAUCCUGAAUGGAGAAAGGAGUGUUUUAUAUGGAAACAUGGCACUUGUGUGUUUACAUGGCAAGAUUGUUAGCCAAAGGCAGAGUGCGAAAUCUCCCACCAGGCUCAGCAGAUAAUGGAGUCUAUUGCCUUAUAGCUAUGUCAGAUCACGAAAGCCUUCCAAGUUCCCCUACCACAAUGUGCCUUCCGGGAAGCUUCUGACUGGAAAAUCUUGUCAUUCUAACACUGAAAAGUGCACACGCAUGACAAAAUGUAGACAGGAUGCCUCAAGGUAUUGGUAGCAAGCAAGAUUUUGCCCUUUAGUUUUUGAAGACACCUUCCUUUCAUUAUGCACUUGGGAAAAGAAGAAAAUUAAUAGUGCAUUAUUCCACAGGAAGACAGCCUCUAACCAGAGCUCUUGAGUGGAGUUUAAUGGACUCGUGAUUUGAGAACUUGUCCCUGUGAUGGGUCGAUUUACCCCUCUUGCUAUGUUUAGGGCUUAGUAGUGCAUAAAGCAUUAAUAUCUGUAAGCAUAUCUAGGAGUUUGUUUUGCUUUUAAUUUAAAGGAAGCAGUAACCACAAAGCUUCCGCUCAGGGUUUUUUCUUCCUCCAAGUCUCCAAGGGCUCUUCAGCGUCACAAGCCAGCAACUCUCUUUGCAUGAAAAUUUCAAAGUUUAAUUAAUAUAAUUAAAGGCAACAGCAAGCAGCCGCCUGUGAAGAUUUUGCUCAUCUUUUUUAUGCCUUUUGACAUUGAAUGACCUAUUACUGUAUGCGUAUUUCUUGGAUUUUUGAGGGGCACUCACCCUUGGUUGUGAUUCAGUAGAGAAAAAACAAAAAGACCUCCUCUCGUCAAAUUAUAAAUGAAAAUAUCAGGAGGGUCGACCACCCCGAAACAUCGAAAAUGUCUGUAUUAUAUAUUUUUUUAAGAAAAACCACCAUCAUGUCACGUCGACGAUGCCAAAUUAUGUUAGCGUGAGCGGAAAGACUGUGGGGGAGGAAGGAGGCAGCAGCUGAAGAAAAAGCUCAAAUGAUCUAGUCACUUUCGAUACUGUACUUCAGAUGCGAAAUGGAUAUUCGACUGGAAACCUGACAAAGCGCGCCUGCUUUGAUGUGAACUGGUAUAGACAAUGACCAGUGGCUGGGUCAGUGGGAUGUCUCUCUGCGAGCACAAAGGCUUAUCAAAUGACACUAAAAAUAAGUUCAACAACCAUCAUGUUGGAAGGGAGAAGGCGAACAUUUCAUGUUUGGCGGGCAUGUGAGUGCACAAGAUGGAAACAGCGAUUUGGAGCAUCCCAGUAUAAUUACCCCAUUGUGCUCUUAAUGGAAAUUUCAAAGGACGGGAGUGAUUCUGAUGGUUGGUGUUCAGAUUUGUGGCACUGUUCCAAGAAGCCUUACUCAGACACACGAAUUUUUAUAUAUAGAUAUACAUAUAUAUCCUCUAGCUUGAAUCUUUUGCUCAAGUUUAUUUAUGUCACUGGCUGGCUGGAUCCAAAGUCAUGUGUCUCCAUAUUCAUAAAUAAAAUUGUACCUGUGCUUUGGCUCCCAUUUUCUUUAAGCCCACAUACACUCAAGCCUUGUUUGGUUGAAUAUUGAAUUGUCUUGGCUAGUUGCAGGGACAGAAUUGUAUCCAGUUCCAAAAUGUCUGUUAUGUUCACAAAUGAUAGUGUUGGUAGUAAUUAUCCAUGUGUGCAAGUGAAACUUGGAAACCACAUAACAUCCCCAUUGAGUUCUUGUAGACCAUUGUUCUACAUUUGCAUCUGGGGCAGAUGCUGUUUUCUUAAUUUGGCCUUUCAUUUCUGAUCAGUUGUUGUUUAGUCACUAAGUCAUGUCCAGCUCUUGCAACCCCAUGGACUGUAGUCCAUUGGGCGCCCCUGUCUAUGGGAUCUCCCAGGCCAGAAUGCUGGAGUGGGUUGUCAUUUUCUUCUCCAGGGGAUCUUCCGGACCCAGGGAUCGAACCCAUGCCUCCUGCACUGGCAGGUGGAUCCUUUACCACUGAGCUAGCAGGGAAUCCCUUCUGAUCAGCGCACACCCCCAAAUGGUAUUGAAGAGCAUCAAGGGUACAUGCAGAAGCUAAGUCUGCUUCUUUGGUAGUUCCUUUGAAUUCGUCUAGUAUCAUAUGGCAUUUCUAUGACACUUUUAUUUUUUAUAUGAGCAAUGUAAGUAGACCUUUGCCCUUAAGUGGCAAAAUAGGUUUCUGUAGAUUGUAAGGAAAAUGGAUUUCCGGUUCUAAUAUCACUAUGAAGAGCUCUCAGUGAAGAGGGAGAGGCAGUGGUCUAUAUACAGACCACAAACGUAUCAUUCAUGAAGUUCAAAGACAUGGAAUUUUGUUACACUUGAAGAUACAAACUAGAUCUAGGUUAAUGAUUUUCUCUGAUUUUGCUAACUAGCAAAUUGAGAAUAAUUUGCUUAAAAAGUGAUGUUUUCUCACAAAAGGACAAAAUUGAAAACCUCCGUGCCUUUCAGUUAAGAAAAUAAGAGGUUGAAAUAAAGCCAUUUCUUUAAGUUUAAUAGUGUUUUCUAUUGAGAAACAGUUCCUAUUUAAUUUUCUGGACAUAAUGUCAGUCAAGAUCUACUUUCUGUGAAUAAACCAGUUUAAGUCUUUAUCCACAAUCCAUUUGUGUUGCAUAAGGUUGCAAAAACAAUUAAGUGGGAAAUGACUCCUAACUUAUGUGUCUACUCUGCCUGGAAAGAAAGUUUUGAAGGCAUCUAUAUAUAUUUCAUAACAAUGUCUGUUCUUUAUGGAUUUGAUCCAUAAAUAUUUAUCUAUCUGAAAACUUUGAUACUUGGAAUGUUUUCCUUAAAGCAUUUGGUGCUCCAAGAAGAAACAUUUGGUGCUAAGAGUUACAGCACUGAUGUCUUUCCCCAAGUUAAUUCUAUUUUAAAUUUUUAUAUUUCCUUCCCAAUGAGAUGCAGAGUAAAAUUGAGACCCUCCAUUAAGUGGGGAGCAGCAUCUGUCAUCUAUGGAUAAUUACUAUUUUGGCAAAAAUAUAUAAGGUUUAAACGUUCUACAUUUUAAAUUGUUAGAAAGGAAAUGAUUUGCUUAUAUUUUUCCUGAACUUUAUUCUAACCACUUUAAAUCAUAAAUUAUUCAAUAUUUGUUUUUCUAAUAAGUCCUUACUGGAUACAA